AUGCCACCAUGGGUUCCGGCCGACAAGGAGGCCAAAUGCGUCACUACAAGGACAUUGAAGACUUCCCUGAAGCGUCUGCAGAUCAACCUGGCAAACUGGGAAGACCUCGCCAAAGACCAACCGACCUGGGAGAGGACAGUGAAGACAGGCGUAAUGAUCUACGAAGCCAACCGCAUGACCGCCGCCAAAGCCCAACGUGAGGUUCGCAGAUCUCAACUGCGCCCACCCCGUAACCCUAACACUCAAUCGCCCCCAACCUGCCCUGACCGCCAGCGGGCGUUCCGCGCACCAAUCGGCCUUGUCGGAUAUCUUCUUACCAACUGCAGCACCCGAAUUACAGCAGCCACUGUCCUCCUAUCAAACCCUGCCUCGUUCUCCACACCGACAACUAACGAUGACCGCAAUCCCGAACCCCUACUACCAUCCCCCCACUCCCCCAGGGCCUUAACAUCCGCUACGGCGGCUCCUGUACCCAACACCCCUGCAUACAAUCCUGACACACCAACAGGCAUCAACCUCCCCACUGUCAACACCAGCAGUGCGGAAUCGAUCCCUACCUGUCCUCAUUGCGACCGCACCUUCACCUCACACAUCGACCAUCUGCGAAUCCAUCGCACAGACACUGGAGAACUGGUGCCUGGAGCACGAACCUACACCCGCCGCAUUCGCCUUCGCUGUCUACACUGCCUCCGCACACUCAUUUCCCGCAAGGGCCUCUUCAGUCACAUGUUUAUCCAUGAGAGCAGAAUUGGGCGCAGUUUCGAUACACCUAGCACGUCUUGCACAUCCACCAUGCUUUGCUUAACUCACAACCCGCCGCCCAGAACGUCCACCACCACCAGCCCCAUCACACUCAGCACAUCAUGCACACCCACCAAGCCUGACCCAACGCACACCCCGUCGCCCAGCGUGUCCACCGUCUCCUAA